UCCGCUCAAAUUUUGAAAAGAAGAGAGAGUUACGAGUCGAUCAAAUUGGGAUUCUCUCUUCUCGGAGGAGCUAAGAAGAAGGGAAGAGAGAGAGAGAGAAAAUGGGGGAUAAGAAGAGAUGGAUAGCGAUGUAUACGAAGCACCUCACACAGAAGAGAAAGGUCUUUCACGAUGGCUUCCUCGAUCUCCACCUCACCAGAAAAAAGGUGUUGCUUUACGAUGAGGCAGAUAAUCUACUGGAAAGCAGGAUGUUAAAAUCGAACGAAGUUGUGAGCUCUGGUGAACGGCUCACGUUUCAAGCUUAUCUUGUCGAUGUUUGCGAACCAAAGGACGAAUCUGAGCCUGCUUCUUCAUCUGAUCCAAAGCCUCAACCAAGUGUUCAACACCGCAAACCGUUUGCAGUCCUCAAGCCUAAUUUCAAGAAAUCUUCUCCUUCUUCUGAGAAAAAAACUAAUAAUUUUGCUUCUUCAAAGAACCUCAGCCCAUCUCACAAAAUGAUUAGAGCAUUCAAAAAGAGAGAACUCCACAAGUUUCCCGAUUCUGUUAAACCAACAUUUGAAGGCACUCCACCUCUUGGCUUAGCUAAUAAUGGAAGCAGUGAUAACCCUCUGAUCAACUCUCCUUGUGAUGGAAAGUCUGGUGCUGAUUUAAGCCGCCGAGAGAUUGACGAGUUUAGCAAGGACGUUCCUCCACGUAGGCCUUUACGUGAUGUAAAUCAAAUACUCUCCAUGCUUCGGAGACCGAAUGCUACAGCCACAUGUUCUGACAUUAACCCGACGACGCCAAUGUCCUCAACAAAAGUACCUCCAGAAUCUGAUACCAGCCAAAAAAUCAUAGUGGAGCCUAUAUCACCGAGAGCAGCAUCUAGAGAUUCACUUCCCCAGCAGUUCAUGGUGCGUGAAACCUCUUCACUGGCCAAGACAAGUGCACGCACAAUGACUCAUCUGAACUCGGCCUCUCCUCCGAGUUUUGACCUUGGAAUAUGAAACCCCCACUCUCUCAUUUUACGCAAGUUCCUCCCUGAACUGUAUAACUUUUUCUUUUAUGAAAUGAACUAUACGGGAACAAAGAUAUGUAGUUUUAUGUCCGACUGAAAAAAACUGACGAGCCAGAUCCAAAGUUUAACAACUCA